AUGGAAAAUAUCUCCAAUGAUGUUAAUUACGUUUUUCAUAACUCGACCUUAUAUUUGCUCUUAUACGCGUUCGUACAAGUUGCCUGCUACCUAGCACAUAGCAUUCGUACGAAUGAAAUUGUUGUAUUUUAUUUUUUAAAGCUCCACAAAAAAAUAAGAAAGACAUACUGCUAUUAUAUGAAAUCAAACAAAUAUCAAGAGACUAGCAAGAAAAUUGAAACUUUGAAAAAAAAAAUAAAAAAGUAUAAUAAGCUUAUAGAUGAAAAUAAAAAUUCAAAUAAACAUUUAAAUGAAUAUGAUUUGAUAAUAUUAAAUGGGAAAUAUACAAGAAAAGUUUUAAAAGAAGAGAACAAUUUAAAUGAUUUAAUGAAAAUACUGGAGGAGGAAAAUAAAAAUGAUUAUCUCAUUCAUACAUGUAACACACUUCUUGCGUUUUUAUUCUCAAAGAACACGCUAGUUUUAUUUUUUUUCAUAUCAUUCAAAUACUUUGCCACCGAUCACUUGGAAAUACCAAGCCUGAACAUGCACUCCUGUUUGUGGUUUAAGAGAAACUUCAAAAUAAUUUACGCAACAGAACCUUGCUCAAAUAGUUUAUUCGAUUUUUUAUACGGUUACAACACCGCGCAAUUAUUUUUUUUUACGAUAAAGCAAAACCUUGGGAGUUUGUUCGUCAUAACAAAACAGAAACAAAAAAAAAAAAAAAAAGCCAUGUGA